AUGGUGCCAAGGAAAAAGUUAUAUCAUACCUGUACAAAUGGUGCCAACUAUGGUUGCUCAAAGACAUCUAAUGGACAUGAAAUCUUUCCACCUAUCAUGUCUGGAAAAGUAACUUCACACGCAUGCGUGAAAUACGGACGGGUCAACGUACGUGCGCGUAUUCCAAAAGGAGAUUGGUUAUGGCCAGCUAUUUGGUUACUGUCUUGCAACAAACAUUACGGAUUAUGGCCCAGAUCGGGUGAGAUCGACAUUAUGGAAUCAAGAGGAAACCUGAGGGCUGUAGAACAUGGCUCGGAUCACGGAGUUAGUUAUGUUGCUUCCACUCUUCACUGGGGUCCUGAUGCAUCUCAUUAUGCAUACUACCUCACUCAUAAAGGAAAACAUGCGCCGAGUGGUAGAGACUGGCAUGAUUGGCAUACAUACUCCCUCGAGUGGACAGAUCAUCAUAUCAUAACUUACGUUGAUGAUCAAGAAAUCAUGCACAUUACAACUCCUGCACAAGGAUUCUGGAAUUGGGCACAUUUUCAAGGUCACAAUAUAUGGGGAAAUUCCCAUAACGCACCUUUUGAUCACUCGUUCCAUCUGAUUCUAAAUGUUGCUGUGGGAGGAGGCUUUUUCAGUGACAGCGCCCAAUACAAUACCGCUAAACCCUGGCAUAAAGGUUCUUCUCACCCAAUGAAGGACUUCUGGGAACACAGGGGCGACUGGCUACCCACGUGGCACGGAGAUGACGUCGCCAUGUUGAUCGAUUAUGUUGAAAUGAUUCAAUACUAAAUUGAUUGCCUAAUCUUUGUGUUACAAUACAUGUAUAUCUAUUUUUUAAAUUUUUAUUUAGACUUAAUAAAGGUAUAAAGUUAG